AUGAGCCACCAAGAUACAUCCUCACGUAGCUGGGAGUCUAGCCGGGGGACCCAGGUGAGAGCGAGUCCAUGCUUUCCGGUGAACCUUAGAGCCGGACGAGCAGCAGAGGGCGCCCACCCCAGGCCCGGUACCCUCAACAGGCAUGUGAGGGGAGGAGGACAUGCCUUCCUGGAGGAAAUACAGAAUGGGGGUUACAGUGAAGACCACAAUCCUCCCCACUUCCGGGGGCGAGAGCUGCCGGUGGGCACGAGGAGGGUCUGGUGGAGGUGUGUUGUUCUAGUGACCAGGGGUGAGGGCCUCUCUCCGCUGCCCUAA